AUGCAACAUACAGCAAAUGUCAACGCAAAUACAAGCAGCUUGGAGGUUCCAACACCCCAAGCAAACCAGGCAACAGGCUAUGCCUUUAGCCUGAGGUCAGAUCAGGAACCCGCUGAGGUUCCUGCUGUCUUGAACAUGCUCGUGGAGUUGGGGUGGGAGGAAUACCGAGUUGGUCUGUCAAACGGGGACUUAAAAUCCUGGGUUGACCAAGAUGUCUUCCUUCUCAAUUCAGCACUAACUGUUCGACAAGGAUCAAAUAAUGCAGGGUCUCAUCAAAGUUUAUGGAGGGACUUUAUGGCCUAUGUGGUGCAGGAAAUCAACACUAGGGGCGGUCCAACGGCAUGGCUUCUUAGGGGAAGCGAAGCUAGGGGUGCACGUAACUUGAUCACGAACAGGCAUCAUUACGUCAAGACUGAAGGUCACCCAGCCCAGAGGGCACCUGGAUCGGAUCCAUUCUUUGGAAGAAAUUACUUCCGCUGUGCAAAUCAGCACUUGCGCGAGUAUCGACGUACUGAGGUUGAUUGGCGGUUAUCUGAGAAUCGGAACUCGGAGGCUCCGUGA